GGUUAAAAUAACACACAGCCUCUAUUCAGAGCUCAUGCUCAGAGCUGCUGUCGGAGGCAGAUUUUGGAUUUAAGGAACUCUCAGAAGAUGCAUUUGAGUGGCUUUUUAAAUAUCCCAUUUUAGACUCCCAUGAAGAAAUCAGGGAUCUCAUCAGCGUGGGUCCUGUCACCACGACCGUCCCAGCGGCUGCGCUUUGAUGAGGCCAGUGUGUGUGCAUUAUGUACAGCGUAGAAGACCUCCUGAUUUCUCACGGAUACAAACUGUCAAGAAAUCUCCCAGCACCACACGAGGAUAACUAUGAGGGGCACCAGCAAGCAAGAAGAGGCGCCAGAGCUGGGCAUGGCCUGCUGAAUGGAUGUGAGGAUGGCCCUGCAGCCUUCCCACACAGUGGGAAGUCCCUGGGGAAGGGACACGUGAGUGACUCUGAAAACAGCCACCGCAUCCCGAGAGGCCACGGACAGACCCAGAGUGCUUCAGCUUCCAGAACUUCUGAGGCGAGGUUUUAUCAUCCACCUGUGCCAGCGUGGUCGUCUCAGCCCCAGACCGGUCACAACCGCGCCUAUCAGGGAAGACAGGAGGUCAGUGGCUUGCUAGGGCCAAGGGACCGAGAAGACUUGGAGGUCAGAGGAAUGGCCCAAGCGCACAGUCUGCCCAUCCACGUGAGGGAGGGCCCAUGGGAAGUUGGAAGAAGGACCGAGAAUGUGAUGAAGAAGGCAGUUUGGGAAGAGCUGAGAAUGGCGGGUCCUGCCGAAUGGCAGAAUGUCAGCCUCGAAAGCUGGAACCAGCCAAGGAAAUUAGGAAGGCAGAUGUCUGAUGGUGAUGGGGAGAAAUUGUUUCAAGAUCUCUACCCAUUCGUGCAAGGAGAACAUGUGUUGAAUUCCCAAAGCAAAGGGAAAUCCCAGUCAUUGCCUAGAGUUCUUUGCCCUGAGAGCCUGAGUUGCAUGGAAAUUCCUCUUCCGUUAAAUGAUAGACAUUUACCAAGUGUUCCUAAAAUGCCAUCUUAUCCUCCAAAUUGUGCACCACAUUUGGAACCCACAAGGAACUCUGAGAAGGGUGGCUCCUCUGUCCCUUUGCUGCGGCCUAAGUUUGGGAGGCCCCUCAAGCCUCCGUCUUAUGAUUCUCACCAACACUCCCGGGGCGGCGUGGAAAACAGUGACUAUCCAGACAGCCAGCAGACAGACCUAUGUGUUCCCCACUUGACCAAAACUAACGACCCCAGGCAGGAGCUCUGUGCGCCCGACUCUGGUUUGGAGCCGCCAGUGUAUGUGCCUCCACCGUCGUACAGGUCGCCACCCCAGCACAUCGCAAACCCCUACGUGGAGGAUGCAGCACCCAGGCCUGUGUGUGGUGGUCGCCGUCAACAGGAGCACCUGACCGAGAAGGCUGGUGCCAGUUGUCAGCUUCCUUCGGGCUCCCUUGGGACUGGGAAUGAGUAUGGUGCAAGCCCACGCUCUCCUCGCGGACUCCAUCCACAGCCCCGGCCCACCGCUGCUUUGGAUGGCUCUGUUCUGUAUAUUCCCUUUGAUGACCCACGGAUCCGACAUAUUAAACUAGCUCAGCCCCAGGGUUUCUGUGAAGAAACAAAGCUUGAUGAGAGGUUGUACAGCUCCCGUCCGGUCACUCCCCCAGAGCCGGCUCGUGGGAACACGCGACAUGGUGGUGCCAACUUCAAUCCACAGAGCCUGAAACCCCUGCCUGGGGGAGAGAGAGGCCUCCACUUUGCUGAUCCCAGCCCCCGGUUGCUAUGGGGCCAGCUCCCCAGGGAUGGAGAAAAUGGUGGCUUUCAUGACCCAAGAGACCACUGUACUGCAAGAGGACAGCGGCCGGACGUGCAAGGCGACCAGCACAGAUAUGCAGAAGGCCAGGUUUCCUUCCAAGACCCUCAGGGCGAGAGCACCUGCGACGCCCGGACCAAGCUCAAAAUGUUUGAAACUGGGAUUCAGACCAAGAAAAGUUCAAAGAAAAAAAUGAGCGAAACAAUAUUUUGUUUGGUUUCCAUCCCAGUUAAAUCAGAAUCCCAUCUGCCAGAUAUAGAUACGAACAACAAUGACUUAAAACAGAGUGCUGAUAAAAAGAAUGGGCUCGAUAAGAGCGCAGCUCUGCAGGAACAAAGUCCGCUGAGCACGUCUUCCACAGACCUGGAGCUGCAGGCUCUCACAGGAAGCGUGCCUGGGAGAACAGAGCUUCGAAAACAAGGUCUGGGGGGACCAGAAGACGACAAACAAACAAAUGACCUCAGGUUCAUUCACCCCACAAAACACAGAGAACUCAAGGAUUCUGGCUUGUGGCCAGGGCACCAGUACAGAGAUCAGCAGACACAAACCAGCUUCGCCGAAGAAUCCAGAAGCCUGCAGCCCCUCCCUGCAGAGAAGCUGGGGGGCCCACCUGAUGCAGUGCUGACUCCAAAGUGUGUAGACCCUGCUGUACUCUCCAAACCUCAGGGGCACCUGGCAUUAGCUCCCAGUGACCAGAACCAGAGGCCAAAUGCUCGGCCCCCAAAAGCUCAGGUGUCCCUCAGCCCAUCCAGCAACAGUGCUUUCUCAAGGACAUCCUCGUCCCUAAACCAGGCACCCCUGCCCAGAGCGGGCCCGAGUCAGCCCUGCGGGGACCAGCCCAGGGGCGAGGUGGUGAAGGGGGAAACCACCGGCCCGUGCAACAGUCAACAGCUCUUUGGGCAGUUUCUUUUGAAACCGGUUAGCCGUCGUCCCUGGGAUCUGAUCAGCCAGUUAGAAAGCUUUAACAAGGAGCUUCAGGAGGAGGAGGAGGAGAGUGGCCACAGCAGCAGCGGCAGCAGCAGCGGCAGCAGCAGCGAGCACAGUGAUCCAGAAUGGCUGCCGGCAGGCCCCGCCGGUGCUGCUCCCGGGAGUUCCGCCUUCCGUGAAGACAGCUGGGAAAUGAGAGUUGAGGAACCACCAAGGAGGUCCUCCAGGGAGGACCCCGUGCUGAGGUCGGGAGGGGUUAAGAGUGCGUCUGAGCGCUGGAGUGAGGAAGGGAAGCGCGGCCACCUGUGUGCCCGCCUGCCAUCCCUGGGGCCCCUGCAGGUGGGCGUCAGCAGAGGGGAGGCGUUGCUGUCAGCAGAUGGAAGCUUGAUGACAGAGAAGGGAAACCAGGAGCUCAAGAACAGAAUCGACGAGCUAGCACUCAGCCCAGGUCCUGCGAAACGAACAUCUUCCAGAUUAAGUGACACAAAACCAGCGUCCCCAUGUGAUCCAGCUGAACUGAGGGAGCCCCAGGAAAGUCAGAAACUCUCCAGUGUUUUAAAUCCUGUGGGGCUGAGCAAAGCUGUCCCUCCGGAGGCUGAGAGUCGGGAGGAGAGGGGAGCAGUGGUCUCGCUGUCCCUCGCUAGCAAACCCCGCGGACUCUCGGCACCAGACCUGAGGUCUGUGGGGCUGACCCUGGCGCAAGGGCAGAGUGCUGAUGAGUUAGAGGGGGCUUUAGGGGAAGCAAGUGCAAUAGAAAUCCCCCCCAAUGAAUCCCUUCAAGCGAGGGCCGCAAGGAUCCUAGGCAUCGAAGUGGCCGUGGAGUCCCUGCUGCCCAGCGCCAGGGGAACGGGACAGAGCCUGCCUCCCAAGCCUGACGAAGGUGCCCACAGGCCAGCAUCCCCUGGGGAGGAGUCCGUGUCCAGUCCAGCACGGGCGGAUGGCCCCACGGUAUCCACUGAUGCCUUUUAUGGCAGGAGAAAGUGCGGCUGGACCAAAAGCCCUCUCUUUGUAGGGGAAAGGGACAGUGCCCGGCGGGCCUCCCGGGCUCCUGAGCACUCAGGUGUAGAUGGGGCCCUCCCCAGCAAUGCCCCCGGCCCAGAGCCUCGGCCCAGCCCCCAGGAGUUCACGUCCUUCACUCACGAGGACGUGGCCACAAAGCCACCCUUCAGGUCCACCUUGUUCCAUGUUAUAGAAAGGACCCCAAGUGUGGCCGGCUCAGAAAAGAGGCUCCGCAGCACGUCCAAAGUGAUUGAGAGUUUACAGGAGAAACUGGCCUCCCCGCCCAGGAGAGCGGACACCGACCGCUUGAUGAGGAUGAAGGAGGUGAGUUCCGUGUCUCGGAUGAGGCUCCUGAGCUCCCGGAGCGGUGACUCGGUGGAGGAUGCCGAGGAGCUGAAGGCCGAGAGGGGCCUUGGGGCACAGCCAGGAGGCCUGGUGACCCUGAACGCUGGGGACAUGGCGCGGAAGGCGGAGCCCUCGCUGUCUGUCUCCAAGGGCGUCCCCUCACUGGAAGAAAACGGGUGUCCAGCAGCACAGAGGGAGCAGGACGUGGACCAGGACUUCUGGUGCCCAGAUUCGUAUGACCCUAGCAGAGUGGAGCGGGUGUGAUUAGAUGCCAGUGACGGGUGGGACGCCCGUAGUUUGCUGACUGAGUGAUCUCUGGUGAAGCCGUCGGCCCAGCCUGCCUGUGUAUAAGCUGUACGCUGCUGACUUUUAGUGCGCCGUUACAUCUUUUACCACUGCCGCCAGGAGGCUCGUCAUCCCUGCAGACUCGCUUUGUGGAAAUAAAGCAGUAGUCUGUUGAAACCAUCUGUUUUUGUAGCAUGAAGAGUUAAUACCUGUAUUUAGCAAAGAGUCCCAUAGACUCUCUUUCAUGAUGGAUUUAGCCAGGCUGAUAAAUAGUUUGGUGUUAAUCUGGUUAAGUGAAAAUUUAAACGUGGAUGAUAGAGUGAAUGAUUUUGGAAGGACUGUGAAUGUCAUAAAUUCCCCUUGGCCUCUCCACGGCCUGUGGUCCUGCUCGGGUUAAGGAGUUUGGGGCGUAGGCCAUCGCCUCGUGUUCCCGCACUUGGAGUUGAGGGGGCUGUGAAUGAAUAGUUGUGAUCCAUUGCUAAUCAGUUUGGCCUUCUGUUGCUGGGAGUAACUUUACUUAUAAGUAACUUGCCGUCGGAGAAUAAAAGCAAUAUCUUUUAAAGUUCCUAAAAGAUUAAAACUUGUACUAUAAUGUACUGAGAGUAUUAUUUAUCUGGCAAUGAAAUACUUGGAUAGUUUGCAAACAUGCUAUUGUCUGCUUUGCACUCAGUAUUAUCUAUUUUUAUUUUCUGUAUGGAUGUUUAGAGAGUGUUUAUAUGAAAAAUAAUUGCUGGUUUAAAAUAGACCAUUUUAACAAAGUAACUAUAUUUCUUUUUACAAAAAUGCUAUUUUUCUAUGAUGUAAACAAUUGUUAGGUGGCAGAUUUUUAAGGAAGUAUUUUAUUUAAGAGUCUGUAUCCCUUUGUGUGAGAGGAACCCAGAGCAGGUUCCCAUUUGCUUUAAAGCCUGUGGCCCUCACCCAGUCACAACUCUGCUACUUUUGUUUUAUCUUAGAAAGAGAUGUCAAUAUAGACAUUUUACAGGGUUAAUAAAAUUAACUUUUCACAAAGAUUUUUUACAAAUGUAGCUGUAAGGUUGUAAUUGAAAAUAACCAUCUUAAAACCAGCCAACACCCUUACAAGAAUUUUUGCUGCCAUAUCCACUAGAAUUACCAAAAAACAGUUUCAUCUUUAUGUGUCUGUGGGGAUCUGCCCUGAGACCAGACUUCCCUCCUCCCCCCCGCCCCUUUAAAGAAAUAUGUAUUUUUAUCUAGAAUGAUCCUUAAUUUGUCUCUGCAUAUUUUUAAAAGUGCUAGAGAUACUACAUAUAUGCCAUUACAGAAGCAGUAUGAGGCCUGCGUAUUCUACUGUGUUUACUGUUGCAUUAACCUGCACAAAGUGUGUGCAUUUUUUAUGCAUUUGUCCCUUCUUUCAGAGUGAGGCAUUCUUACUAGCUAACAUGUCCUGAAUGGUUUCUUGUCUCUUUUUUCCCUCUCUCCCUUUUUAUUCUUUCUUUUUUACCUCUCUCUCUCUCUCUGUUUUUUGGGUUUUUUUGGAGGGGGGACCCACCUUAUCUAUUUUUAGACAUUGCAAAUUCCUAAAAUGUGAACUAUUGGGUGGUCUGCAGUUUGGCCAGAAAAUGACUCUGACUGGGCUUUCAUGGCCUGUUUUUAUCUGUACCAUAUAAUUUUAUUUCAUAAGAACUUCAUGUAUUUGGACUGUAAUAAACAAACAGACCCUAAGGAAUUCUGAAGUCUUUUCAGAUACGCUGCUCUGCCUUCUUGGUCCUGCCUCUUGACUGAGGCGCUGCUCUCCAGAUCUUGGCUCUUGUGAAAAUUUAGAGCAGCUCUCGUUUUCACAGCACCGCGAGAUGGGCCAGGGCUCUGCUCGAGAUGGCUGAGAAUGUUUCUCCCGGGGGAAGUCCAGUGGGGAAGAGGUGAAUCGCUCUGUUAGGGCUGGUGAGUCACUGGGUCACCUGGUAGAACUGAGCGACUGUGCUCCCCUCUUGAAAUGCAUGUGAAAGGAGGUCACGUGUAUGUACAUAGACGCCUAGACAACCUAGAGACACAUACAUACAUAUGUAUACGCAUGUAGGAACUCUGUUCUGGCUGCCUCAAAUUUUGUUGAUUCCAUCUAAAGACUUCUUUUAAUCAAAAGAGUUAAAUUUUAGCUUAUUUCUCAAGAGAAAGAGAAGGACCCUAGAGACAGAAAAUUACUGCACCUUAUGUAUAUCAGAAACCAAAAUAUGAUGCUCUUCUGUUUUGUUUUAUUCUAAAUCGUUGUAUCAUAUCUUUCUGAAACCAUUCUGAAUUUAGUUGAAAUUAUCAAUAGUUAUACUUUUAUCCUUAAUUUCUGGAUUCCAGCCUGUGUAUAAAUCUUCUGGGGAUGGGGAAAGAGAAAGGUAACUGAAAAUUUGACUUUUAAAUUUGUAUAUUCUGAGAUAAAUAAUACAGUCUUUAAUCAAAAAUAGCUUUCCCCAGAGGUUUUGAACUUACUGCUGAUUAUCCUUUUAUUAAUUCUAUUUCUCAUAAAUACACAACUCUGUUAUUACUUGUGGCUGGAAAAAAGCUUUUCAUAUUUUGUGUUUGUCAUUGUUUUUCUGAUACAUAUGACUUACUGUUGGUGUUUAAUAAUUUGGGGCUUAUAAAAUUAAAAGUUCUAAUUUUGAUUAUUUGGACUAAAAAAUUACUUGAGGAAUUACAUAUGAAAUGUAUUUGUAUUUCUUAAUUUGCAAGAGAAGGGGAAAAAUUAUGGUAAUAUAGCUCUAAUUAUCUUUCUUUGAAGAAAAUUUCUGAAUGCUUGAAGACCAAAUAUCUCUGUGAUCAUUUUCAAUCUUCUGUUUCUGCAAACCCCAGAAAAUUCCUCUGUAAAGACACAGUAGCCCCGGAUUUCACCUUCAGAACUCUUUUCCGUGUUGUUCAUAACUAUUUGGAUUUCUUUUUUAAAAGUUCCUUAAAAAAUGUAUUUACUCUCUGAGGUCCUGAUUUUCUUACUAAAAUUGUAGGUUAAGGAUGUGGUUCAUCUGAAAAUUCUAAGAACUUUUUCUAUCCCAUUUGACUAUUGGUGAAAGGUUGUUGCUAAUGGGAGUUCAACUGUUUAAACUCAAAUAACUCUGAAACUAGACCCUUCCCUCUUUUUGCAACAGCAAAACGACUUACUCUGAUAGCGGCUGGGUUAGGGCUUCUGAGAAAAAAUGCUGAUCCACUGUUGACACAGCUCCUCCCCAGCUCUGGGCAGAAAGGACUGACCAAAGAUAAGACUAACCCACCAUUUCAUCUGUGGCCCCCAAAGAUUAUCUUUGUGUGUUUGGCUCUGUUUUUGUUUGUUUAAAAUGAUUAAAUAAUACACUGUUGUCAGGUUAGCAUCUCUUGGACAGUGACCAGCGCAGCAGAGUUCUCCCUAUGUAAAUAUCUGAGCUUAGAAACACUUCCAAUUUUCUGAGUUCUCGCAAGCCAUUACUUGGAUGUUUGGAUCAUUGUUCUGCCAGAUCCAUCUGUGCAGGGAGGUGAAGCUUAAGGGAUGGAGUGAGGGUCGAGAGUGUUUCUAAGCUGAAGCUAUUGCAGGCCUGGGGGAGUUUUGCAUUUCUUUCGUUUUGUUUUUAACUGCAGAUUCUGUACAUCUGUUGGUGGGAGGAGAGUUGCUACUCAGGACAGGAUUUAAGAGACACUUUCCAAGUGACCUUUAUGAGUCUGCAUGGUGGGAGGUCUUUUGCAAGUGGUGGGUCCACUUGGACCCACCAAGCUAAGAAGAGAGAGAUUAUAAAAUAACUAUAGAAAGAAUGGUCCCCAGCCUGCCUGUUUUGUUAAGAAAAAAGGAGUGGCUAAGACCGUAAUUCAGAUGGAGGCCCCUAGAAAAGGUCGAUAUAGUCUCGCAAACUGCCCGUGGAAACAGCCCUUGGGGUUCUCUGCGUGUGGGGAGGCGGGCGGAGUCUCUGCAGGUUCCCUGGUGUGGCUUUGAGAGCCCCUGUCACGGUUGUUUACUGCAGAGGACAGGGAGGGCCUUGUUCCAUGGCCUCUGCUCACUGACUGAAACUUGACUGCAAAAGCAGGUCCAGAUAGUCGAGCCAUUGGUUCCAUUGGUCCCAUUGGCCUGAUGGGGUGAGGAGCAGGCGCUCCCUGUGAGAUUUUCCCUUCCCAUGUGGAAGCCGGGCCUGCGGGGCUCACAGCUCAGCCACAGAGCAGACUUCCCUCCCGCAGCUCCCUUCGCCCAGCCUUGCAGCAGGCCCAGAUGUGUGACGCUCGCUGUCAGGGAGCAUGGGGGAAGACAGGCAAGUUCACGUUGAGAAGCAUAUGGCAGAAAUUAGAAAUGAAAACCGUAUGUCCUGGCCAGGGAGAACGGCAGUAACCUACAGAUUAUUAAAACCAGCGAAGCACUCUCCACCUGGGUCAGCUGAAAUUCGAGCCCUCACACUCGGGCCGGUCAGGAAAGCUGAGCAGAAGCGUCUCACACACACACACACACACACACACACACACACACACACACACACACACACACACACACACACACACACACACACACACAACUUCUAAAAUUUGGUGAAGAUAAGGCCCUGUAACCCCUACAGAAACUUUGUAUCUGCUCGUCAUUUCUUUGGGCACCAUUAAUACAUAAGGCAGGUAGAGAGGUCCCAGGAAAAGACACAACUACUAAUGGCCGAUUGCCAGCUUCAGGUCACGGCUCCCAGAUGGGGCAGUACAGAGAGCUUAGGGAUGAGGGAAGAACAGUAAUACCAGCAAAGCACACAUGAAUGUCCUCAAGGAGCACUCGUGUUUCUCUGCUCAAUGUAAAGACUGCUAUUUCAGGAUGGUUGGCCUGCUCAGUAACACAUGUUCCAAAUAAAGAUUUUGCAUGAA